AUGCAAGAUGUUGCCCUGGACAAUAGUCGCAAAUAUGGAAAGAUAUAUGGAGGCUUUUUUGGUUCAAAACCAUUUCUAAUGAUAUCAGACCCACAACUCAUUAAAGAGAUGAAUAUCAGAGACUUCCAUAUAUUCGCGGAUAGGGAUGAUUUGGUGACCGGAGAUCAACUAAACGACAGGUCAUUAUUUAAUUUGAAAGGAGACGAGUGGAAGGGUAUGCGAUCCAUUAUUAGUCCAACCUUUUCGAGUGGCAAAAUGCGAUCAAUGCAUCCCAUUGUCAUCGACUGUGUCAAGCGGUUGGAGACACAUUUGGAGGCAUACCUACAAAAAGGCAGUCAUGAGAUUGAGCUCAAGAAGAAUAUGUCAAACCUAACGAUGGAUGUGAUAGCU